AUGGACCUCACCAGAGGAGAUAUCCGGGCUCUCCGCGCCCUGUGGAGCCAGUUGAGCGCCAACCCGCUGCUCUUUGACGACGUGUUCCACCACAUGGAACUUGCCCACCCGGCGAUCGCGCCCCCCGCCACCGAGGCCCGCCAGUUCUCGGUGUUCUUUGGCCACUGUGUCAGCCAGAUCGAGCUGGUCGACGCCUACAUCAUCAGCUACGUGCGCAAGCAUCCCCAGUUCGCCCGCAACAUGGGCGCUUACGUCGAGCCGUUGGGUUCGGUGUUGGUGACGCUGUUCAAGCACUGGGUCGGCGGCCACAACUUCGACAAGCAGUUGGAGACCGCGUGGGUGAAGUUCUACUGCACCGUCGCCAACGACGUCAUGGAAGCUGUCGACUCCUUGGGCGACGCCCUGCUGACCUACAGCGCCGAGGCGCCGCUGGUGGCGCCGCUGGUGGCGCCGUCGAUGUCAACGUCGAUGUCGACGUCGAUGUCGCAACAACUGAUCACCUUCAACUUGAAGCAGAACGACAAGUACCGCGGCUUCCGUCGCUCGGUCAACGAGGCCCCCAACGCCAACUUGAGCGUCAAGAUCCCCCCGUCGCCCCUGUUCAAGGCGUUGCUGAGAGCUCCCUCGGUAUCGCUGCACACGUCGCUGCGCAACUCGCUGCGGUCGUCGUCGCAAGGCCACCACCGCCUGUUCGACCCUCGCGUGCGCAAGCUGGCCCUGGUGUCGCUGCUCUCGCUCGCCACCCCUCAGGUCAACGAACAGCUCCCGUCGCCGGAAUUGCUGCCCACUAGGUACGAACUGAAGCUUGGGGCGCUGGCGUCGAUGCACGACCUCAGCCAAAGCUACAACCCUUACCACCGCUCGUUUGACCCGCGCAAGCAAGGCCACCUGCGUCGUCCUACCGCCGACGACUUGGCGCCCAUCCGCGAACGUAUCGACGUCGACGACGUGACCUCCAAGUACUCCGACGAGGACUAUGGCUCUCACAAGUCGCUGAUCGAAGAAGUUCUGAGUGGCGCCCUGACUCUCUCGUUGCGCCGGUCUCUGGCCUCGCUGAGCGACCACUUGGGCUCGCUGCCUCUGCCUGACUUGAAGCACAACGUCCACGUGCGCUCGCCGCUGGCCACACUGUCGAUCUCUUACAUGAGACCGUUGGCGUCGCAACUGGGCCGCUUGGCUGCUGCUCCCCACUCGACCGCGGGUGCUAUGCCCCACGGUCGCUUCGGCAGACUGACGACGUCGUUGCUUCUGGAUUACCUGACCAACACCAACUCGACCGGCAGAGUGUCGGCUGGCUUCAUGAGAUCCCUGUUUGUUCUCAAGCAGGAAAUGGAAGGUAUGGGCUACCAAGCUCCCGAACAGUUUGCUAAGCCCCCGGUGAAGGCUCAACGUCAACAACAAAUGCCCCCUCUUGUGGCUCCGGUGGCGCAAGCGCCGCCCCGUCGUCGUCAUCUGGGCUUAUACAACAACGCCCUGGCGGCGCAACUGGAAGUGCUGGUGCGUCAACAACCUCGUCUGCACUACGGGCGCAUGCCUAACGUCUACGAAGAAGAACCCCAAGCGGCGCCGAUGCUGCUGGUGACUGACUUGUCCCAAGGGGUGACUCGCCGUACUCUGGUAGCUCAUAUGCCGUCGACGCCCAAGAUGGGUGCGCCUUCGAUGACGCUGAAAAUGCUGGUGGCGCCGCCUGCCUCGCCUCUGAAGAAGGGGUUCCGGGCCAAGAUCAAGCUGAUCUUCGGUGGUGGCUCCAAGAGCAACCCUCCUUCGCCUCGCCAAGUGAGCGCCCCCAUCCCCAUUGAACGUCCCAUGGCUCUGCAAGCGACCCCCUCGAUGGCCCGCAAGCCGCUGAUGCCUGGUGCUCGUCGCCAUGGACGCAAUGGUUCGGUUCUGACUCUGCUGAUUCAGCCUCCCCCUCUGUUGGGUUACUCGCUGAUGGCGCUGCCGCAACUGCCUCAACUGCCGACGUUUGGCAAUCACCGCAACUACCUGACUACCGACCUCCAACUGAACUACCUGGCGGAACUGACGACGCUGGGCUUCCUGUUCUUCUCCCGUCGUUCUCGGGGUCCCAAGAAGGCCAACAAGUACCAGGUUCACUCGGUGCCCUACCUGAUCUGGGCCCGUGGUGUCCCCAGUGUUAACUAA